UGCCUGCUUUGCGGUUUGACAAUGCGCAAUUGGAGACCCCUCUCUGGAGAAUACUUUCCCCAGUCUCGCCUCAUGUUCGUCGCCGGCCUUAUUUCUGCCUUCUUCCCCUUCUUCUCUCCGUGACUUUCUCUCCUUCUCUCCUCCGACUGCGCAUCGCCUCCCAUCCAUCUCCACUCCACUUUGAUUAUACACUCGUCUUAUAUAAACCAUGGCUAUCAACGGUUCGGCAGCACCACGACCCUUAACCCCCGGCGUCUACGUUCCCACUGUCGCCUUCUUCGCCGGCCCCAACGAGGACGUAGAUGUCCCCACUGUCGAGAAACAUGCCGCCUACCUCGCUCAAUCCGGGGUGACCGGGCUGGUGGUGCAGGGGAGCAACGGCGAAGCGGUCCAUUUGGACCGUGACGAGCGGAAUGUCAUCACGGCGGCCACUCGUCGAGCGCUAGAUGCCCACGGGGCCUCGACCAUGCCGCUCAUUGUCGGAUGCGGUGCCUCGUCGACGCGGGAGACCAUUCAGUUCUGCACCGACGCCGCCGCGGCCGGGGGUGACUAUGCCCUGGUGCUCCCUCCAUGCUACUACAAGGGCCUAGUCGAUGGCGAGAGCCUACGGGAGCAUUUCCGCGCCGUGGCGACCGCCUCGCCGGUCCCUGUGCUCAUUUACAACUUCCCCGGUGCCUCGUCGGGUCUGGAUCUCAGCUCCGACGAUAUCCUGGCGCUGUCGCAGCACCCCAAAAUCGUCGGGGUGAAGCUGACGUGUGGUAACACCGGAAAGCUGGCUCGUAUCGCGGCCCAGGCCAAACCCGAGUUUCUGACCUUUGGCGGAUCUGCCGACUUCACGCUUCAGACUCUCAUUGCCGGCGGGGCGGGCAUCAUCGGCGGAGUCGCCAAUCUAAUCCCUCGCGCCUGCGUGCAGGUCAUGGAGCUGUACCGGGCGGGCCGGGUGGAAGAGGCCCAGCGGCUGCAAGCAAUUGUGGCUCGAGCCGACUGGCACGCGAUCAAGGGAGGGUUUGUGGCUGUCAAGAGUGCGCUACAGAGCUACCGGGGAUACGGAGUACAGCCGCGACGUCCUUGCGUGGUGCCGUCAGCAGAGGAGCGAUUGGCGUUGCAGGAGGCCUUCAAGGAAGGGAUCGAGCUUGAGCGGAAAUUGGAAAAGGCGUGAGACAGUAUAUAGUCACAGAUUGGUGUUCAAAUUCCUUUUCCCCUUCGCAUGAAAGUUAUGACUUUGUUGGCUUCAAUGAUUGCGGGUGUCAAAUCACCGACGUCUUUUUCAUUUUUUUUUCUUUGCUUUUUUUGCCACGUUUUAAGUCCUAGCCAGGCCAUAUUGAUAUAACACGAGAGAGAUCAGACCGACGUAUAACUUGAAUCUUUUUGGUGAUCCUUC